AUGCCUGUUUACAUGCUCUACGGCUUCCGCUGGCCUCGCGCCGGCUUCACGGGGAUUCGCGUCUACGUGGUCUUGCACAAUCUCGAGGACGCCACCGCCGAGUAUAUCCAGCAGCCAGCCACCACCGAGCUUCUUCUCGAAUCGUUCCAGAAGACAGAGUCCAGCAUUGUCGAGCGCUUGCCGGAGAUGCGCUUCAUCGAGCAAUACGACCCCGAAGACACGAGUGAUGCGGCUGUCAGCAAGCCUUUCGCCUACGUCGCAGCGAAAGUUAUCUCUAUCCCCGAAGCUGGAGUCCCUUGCUCCGAAACAAGCUGGACGCCUGAGGAUCUCUUCAGCAAGUCGCCGUUGGAUACCGCCGCCGAAGAGGCGAUCACGGAGAUGCGCGACAAGUAUGCUGCGGGUGAGCGGAUCGGUUGGUAUAUUGUCUACAAUGGCGAUCCCGAGAGAUGGUUUCCUCUGUCAGAUGAGGAAGAAGAUAGUAUGGACGACGACGAGGGUUCUUACGGGAAUGGCGAAGAGUAUGAUAGCGAUCAGACGCCACCAGCGACGCCUUCAUCAGCAACGGUACGACUCCCACAGCGGCUUACAAGAUUUUUUGGUCGGAAAGCGGCCUAA